GUAUGGUGUACGUGAUCUCGCAGCAGUUUGAUGUCAAAAGAGUAGCCAUUUUAGAAAAUCAAAACAGUGAAAAUUCUGUGCGAGCGCGUGAAAGCGCAAAACUUGGUGUACAGUUGAUAAUGAGCGGAUUAGAAAUGUUUUGAACGGAUGAGAAGUGUGUGUCGUGCAAGGUCUGAUUGCGACUAGCGAAAGCGUCAGAGGGAGUGAAAAAUGUGCUGCCUACGGUUGAAAACGGACCCCAUAAAAAAACCGCCACUAUCAUAAAUAGUUAACUCGAGGGCCAGUUGUGGUGUGUUUCAGAGCAUGCGAGUGUUACAACCGCGCUAAGCGUUGUCCUACGUCAAAAUGUGGCUGCGAAGCGAAACUAGGGAUCGAAGACUGCGUUCAAGUAGUACGCGAAGCGCGGUUAAGUUCAAAUCAUCACUCAAGGUGGCUAGCUCAAAGGCAAAGAAGAGUUCUGCUGUCGAACUCGUAGUGCCCUCGUCCCGGCGAGCUGUAUCAUCAUCAGUGUCCAGAUGUCGAACCGAUGUAUCGACAACAGUCGCCGAACCUUCGUCCACUGUGGUAGGACGAUGCAAAACCGCGGCGCCUAGUACGCCGUCCAGAUCGAUCGGUGCUAGGCGCACAGCCGGCAAGGCAACAAGAAACCAUCGCCCAACUGCUGGCGGUGACGAUGGUAGUAAGACAGACACCCGUACAGCCGUUGUAACGAUUCCGGAUGAUUGCAAGGAGAACUGCUGGCAGGAUAAUAACGAUCUCACACUAUUCGAUGGUACCACCGUCAUCGAUCAGAAGCACUUUGAAGAUUCACCCGCACACUCCAGCUGUCCUGUGCAGCAUCUGCCCGGGGAGGAUGUUUCUUCCAACAAGGGAUUACCGCAUCCCGAAACGGGAGGUAUUAAUUAUUCCACCGAAACGACCGAAUGUGGACUAUACUCGAAGAAAGUUACCGACGAUCUGGGUUCGGCCGAGGAUGCGCUCAACCAGUUCGGUAUAAUUUCGUACGAUUCCAACAAAAACACCCUGUUGGGUCACUCGAUCGUGUUGCCACCGAUCAGUACUUCGCUGGCGUGCAAUGUUGCCGGAGCUUCCUCAUCCCAGGAGGAAAUUUUGCAGCCGCUUAACUCUAAAUGCAUCACGGAAUGUGAUAGCACAACGGCGGACCUAGGCAACGAUGUAUCGGGCGGUUGUAUUAGUAAUGUUAAAGAUAUAGCUAACGACAGUUGCUGCGUGGAGGAGGAUAAAAUCCUGCCAUCUACAUCGUCUGAGGGAAGCUUUCCAAAGUCAAGUGCAAUCAUAUCUUCUCAAUCGCUCGAUAUUGUCGUACCGGAGGUCGACUCAACUACCGACACGGUACCGCCGGAUACGUCUUCUGUUAAUCUUAUUGACGGCGAUAUGAUCGCCACCUACCCUUUAACCGUUUCUUCCAUCGGACUGUCUGGGACAUCGAUGUCGUCAUCGUCAUCAUCGUCGUCGUCGUCCUCCUCUUCGUCGUCUUCAUCUUCGUCGGCUUCGUCAUCGUCUUCGUCGACAUCGUCCUCAUCAUCAUCGUGCAAUACAUCACUGGGCGCCUCAGUAUCCGCUGUGUCGAUGGGAGCUUCCUCACUGUCAUCAAAUUUUCAACCGAUCGCGUAUAGCAACUGCUCUUCGUUAUCUGCCACCGCGUACGAAGAGCAACCGCAAUCGAGCUAUUCGCCAAGUCAGACUGCGGCAGCUGUUGCCGUUGCGUCUGAUUUGAUAUCGAUGUUUGACGAGGAACACUACAAAAAUGCCACCGAUCUCGGCCAGUUUACGGACUUUACUUACAAUGCUCUGCUCACCCAGGCACUGCUAAGUUGUGGCGAUGCAGCAGCCGCAGCAGGGCUAAACCUUAACUGUGGUCAAUCAAGCACGGACAGUUUGAACGAUUCGGCCUUUUUCUCGUCGCUCAAUACGACGGCAAUCGAAAAUCUGAAAGCAUUAACGACCCUUUCGAGUAUGGGCCAUAACAUGGAUGGGAUGAUGUUGGACGAGAGCGCAAAUGCAUCUACCAAUCUAGGGACGGCGGGAUACAUUACGGAAUACGGCGGUGUUCACCACGAACAACAGCAUCAUCUACAGCAUCAAAGAGCAAUGCAUGGAUCCGAGCAGGAAUCGUUGAUCCACAAUAUUGAGUGCAAUGAAUCAAUUCCCAUGUGUGGGGACGACACUGAGGCAGCUAUGCAGCUUGAAAAUAAUGAAUGCAUAGAAAUGGAUGAAUCGAACGAUGGACAGCAAGACGAUGCGGCAUACAGGGCUUUUGAUCCUUAUUUAUUCAUUAAACAGCUUCCUCCACUGACAUGCGAAAUGCGCUCCAAAUGUCCUGCAUUGCCACUAAAGACGCGGUCCAGUCCCGAGUUUAGUCUCGUGCUCGAUCUAGACGAAACGUUGGUACAUUGCAGUCUUAUGGAGCUGUCCGAUGCGAGCUUCAAGUUUCCGGUGCUAUUUCAAGAGUGCAAGUACACUGUGUACGUCCGGACCCGACCAUUCUUCCGCGAGUUUCUCGAGAAGGUGUCGCAGAUGUUCGAGGUGAUUCUUUUCACUGCCUCGAAGCGCGUCUAUGCCGAUAAGCUGCUGAAUCUGCUUGAUCCUGACCGACGACUCAUUAAGUAUCGUUUGUUCCGCGAACAUUGUGUCCUAGUCAAUGGGAAUUACAUUAAAGAUUUGACUAUACUGGGCAGAGAUCUCUCCAAAACCAUUAUCAUAGACAAUUCGCCACAAGCAUUUGGAUACCAACUAGAGAAUGGUAUACCGAUAGAGAGUUGGUUCGUCGAUCAAACCGAUUCAGAGCUAAUGAAAAUUCUACCAUUUUUGGAACGCCUGGUAGAAAUGCGCGAAGACGUUCGUCCACACAUUCGUGAAAAGUUCCGACUGUUUUCGUUUCUACCACCAGACUAAGGUAAUUCCAUAUGUUUUUUGUUGACGACGAAAAUUUAGUUAAUCUCAACAACAACUUCAUCUUAUAAGGCUCGUUUAAAUCCAAUUUAUGUUUUUGUAUGAGCUGCUUCACUAAACUAUCGUCGUCAAACGUAAUAUGCUAAACUACAGUUACUCGAGUAAUAUUUAAUACGUACGACGUUUAGUUACACUGGACAAAUCUCUUUGAAUAAGCAUACACAGAUUUAAUCAAACCGUGGUGUAAAGCUAUAGAAAUACGAAUGAAAUACGGGGAACACUUGGUGUGUUUUGUGUGUGUGUUAUUGAUACAUUCAUGUUAUUGUAACUAAAAAUGUGUAGUAGUACGACCAGGACGCGUUGAGAAUGGGCAGCGUUGUGCACAAGCGUAUAGUUUAAAUGACAAAUUUACUUAAGAAAGCAAAACUAUAAAGCUAAACACAUCCACACAUGUUCAAAGAUUAAAACAAACUCAUCAUCAUUAUAAAUCCAUCAAACCAUACUCGAAAAGACGGUAGCAGACGGCUAGAAAAUUCGAUUUAAUCAAUAAUGGUAGCAAUAUGAGAAAUAACUCUAGAAGCUUAGCGUAAAAGUCCAUCUCUUGUCCGACGUUCAAGGAACGGAUCGAAACAUACACGUACUUGUGUACGUCCAUUUUGCUUUUGCUGAUAAGUUAAUUAAUACGGUAUCGUUGCAAUUUUCAGUACUGGUUCCGAAUGCUUGCAAGAAAGCAGCAAGAACAAAAUAAUUGAUAAAUGAUAUAAAUAUAUAUAAUAACGAUCAAACAAAUCCAUUGACGGAAAUGCCAUAGUGAACAGAACAAAUUACAGAAAAUAUUAGUAUCAGAUGCAUUACUUACUAUAUAUGGCUGAACAUGAGCACAUGAAUUACAUACAUAUAUCAAUACACGCAGUUUAAAUUCACUUAGUCUAAAUGUAACAAUGAAACAUAACAUUUAACAGGUACGGUAGAGUGACGUUUCUUAAGUAAAGAAUUUUUUGAAUUGUGAAGCACCUACCAUGGAAAGGUAGACAUGGUUUAGUUACGAUGAAAUUCCUGGUUAUAUUUGAACACACAUACGUAGAGCAAGUGCGUAGUAAGCGUUAAUAUUAUUAUGAUCAACGAUUACGAUGCUGAUCGAUCAAACAUUGUUACAUGAAAAUGUUUCUUCCGUUUUCUUUUUAAAUAUUAUACCUAGCUUGUAGUGAUACAUACUUUUUUUUAUUUAUUAACUCAUGCAAAUGACUUCAGCAAAUGUUUGUACAAAAAGGAAUUUACGACACAUGUUUCCACGAUGGAGCAUGCAAUUGUUUUGUUGAGAAAGUGAGGAAAAAAGAGAAUGCGAGAGAAAAAAUGAAAACGGUAUCAAAUAUGAAACUUAAGUUCAAUUCGGUUUAUCUUCAAUACUGCAACACCACACAUGAUACGGUCACCUUGAAAGUAUCUUACUUCAUUGCGAACGUGUACAGAAAAAAGUUUCUCAUAUUACAGAGGGUUACGCGUGUACAGUUUCCUUUCGAGAAAGAUUUAACUGAUGUUCUACUAAAUGCCGACAGAUGCCAUGUUCAUCGUUUACGCUUUGGCCGUUAAGAGAGUGAAAGGUUGUGAUGAAGCAUAUGCGACAAUGAUAGAAUAAUCAGCUUUGCCGAACAGUUUCUUGCAUUUUCCACAAUGCUCUUCUUGAUCGCAAUCGAGCUUUCAAUCGCCCUAAUUACGUGGCCCAAACUAUAAAAAAACACAAACACACAGUUUCACUUCGUUCUUCCGUCAUAUUUGAUUACUGUAUUGAUGAGAAUUAUUUCAUAUGUAAUAAAAAUUUAUUUCUCUUAAAAA